CUGACGCGACUGCCAUCGGGCGGGUCCCGUGAUGGCUGGCGUUGGCGCCGCUGCCGCGGUUGCUCUGUCGCUUGCUGCGCUCCCGGCGACUGCUUUAGGAGCCGUUCUCGGCCGCCGCAGCAGUGCUACCAUGGUUGACGACGAGUCCGCCGAGUUCGCCAACGAACAGUCAGGAUGGCUAUCUAGUUGGCUCCCUGCAUGGUGUCCUACAUCACUUGUACACCUUAAAGAUGCUGAAGAGAAAAUUUUGAAAUGUAUUACAAGUACCUACAGUAAACAAUAUGUAUACCUAUCCAAUGGAAAUAAAAUAUGGACGCUUACAUUCUCUCAGAACCUUUCACAGAAAACUCCACUUGUUCUUCUUCAUGGGUUUGGAGGUGGUAUUGGACUUUGGGCUCUCAACUUUGAAGAUCUUUGUGAAAAUAGGACUGUAUAUGCAUUUGAUUUCUUGGGAUUUGGUCGCAGUAGUAGACCCCAGUUUGACCCUGAUGCAGAGGUGGCAGAAAAUCAAUUUGUAGAGUCUAUUGAAGAAUGGAGACGGAAAAUAGGAUUGGAUAGAAUGAUUUUACUUGGACACAACUUGGGUGGCUUCCUGGCAGCUGCUUAUUCACUAAAAUACCCAUCAAGAGUAAAGCAUCUUCUAUUAGUGGAGCCAUGGGGUUUUCCAGAAAGGCCUUCCAAUGCUGAGCAUGAGAGGACUAUUCCAAUAUGGAUCAAAGCACUUGGAGCCAUUUUGAGUCCAUUUAAUCCAUUGGCUGGUCUCAGAAUAGCCGGACCUUUUGGAUUGAGCCUGGUACAACGUAUAAGGCCAGACUUUAAGAGAAAGUAUUCAUCUAUGUUUGAUGAUGAUACAGUCACCGAAUAUAUCUAUCACUGUAAUGUGCAAUCACCAAGUGGUGAAACUGCUUUCAAGAACAUGACAGUUCCCUAUGGAUGGGCAAAAAGGCCAAUGUUGCAGAGAAUUGCUCAUAUGCAUAAAGACAUUCCUAUCACUGUGAUUUAUGGAGCAAGGUCAUGUAUAGAUGGCAAUUCUGGAGCCACCAUCCAGUCCCUGCGACCAAAUUCCUAUGUGAAAACAAUAGCUAUCCUUGGUGCAGGUCAUUAUGUAUAUGCGGAUCAACCUGAAGACUUCAACCAAAAAAUAAAUGAGAUUUGCAAUUUUGUGGACUGAAAGGUUCUGCUUUUUGAAAAAAGAGGCUAUAGAUAUAAUUCAAAGCAAUACUUUAUAGUAUAUUAUA